AGACGCACGCGACCGGAGGGGUUUGCAAGGCAGCUUCCGAGCAGCUGGAAGUGGACGAGGCCCUCCUCGCUGGCCCGGGAUGCCGGCGCCCGUGCUCUGCGCGAGUUGCGGGUCCCGGCGCGCCGCGCUCCGCCGCCCCAAGACGGGCCAGGCGCUGUGCCGGGAGUGCUUCGUGGCGGCCUUCGAGGCGGAGGUGCACGGUACCGUGACGUCGGCGCGGCUCUUCCAGCCGGGCGAGACGGUGGCCAUCGGGGCGUCGGGGGGCAAGGACUCCACGGUGCUGGCGCACGUGCUGCGGCUGCUCAACGAGCGCCACGGCUACGGGCUACGCCUGCUGCUGCUCUCCGUGGACGAGGGCAUCGCCGGCUACCGGGACGACUCGCUGGCCGCCGUGCGCCGCAACCAGGGCCGCCUAGGGCUGCCGCUGCACGUGGUCUCCUACCAGGAGCUCUACGGCUGGAGCAUGGACCGCAUCGUCCGCCACGUCGGCCUCAAGAACAACUGCACCUUCUGCGGGGUCUUCCGGCGGCAGGCGCUGGACCGAGGCGCCGCCUUGCUCGGGGCUGACAAGAUCGCCACAGGUGCGGGGACGGGGGUGAAGGGGGCGGCCGGGUUGGGGCGCUCCGGGUGCGGUGGGGCUCCCGACGUCCAUCAGCGCCGGCCGGUGUGCUCAGCCGCCUGGGGUGAUGGGGUCUGUCGCCCAACAGCACCCGGAGGGCCACGGCUUACCCAUCUCCGUCUAAAGAGCCUCUGAGCAACUGCAGAGGGCACGGCAACAAGGACGCUCUUGUGGGGCCACAACCUUAACUCAAGAAUACAUAACUAUUUAUUGGGAGCACUUUUACUUCCCUGUUUCAAGUUAGAGACUUUUAAAGUCAUAGAAUUGUAGAGUUGGAAGGGACUUCCGGGGUCAUCUGGUCCAGCCCCCUGAAAAUGCAGGAAUCCCCACUAAAAGCAUCCAUGACAGAUGGCUGUUCAACCUCUGCUUAAAAACCUCCAAGGAAGGAAAGUUCACCACCUUCCAGCAGAGUCCAUUCCAUUGUCAGGACAGCUCUUACCAUCAGACAGUUCUACCUGAUGUCAAAAUCUCCUUUCUUGUAACUUGAAUUCAUUGGUACGCGUUCUUCCGUCCAGGGCAUGAGAAAACAAGCUUGCCCCAUCCUCCUUGUGAGAAGCCCUUUAGAUAUUUGAGAAAAAGGGUCCCAGAACCAGUUGCAAAUAUUAUUAGUAUUAUAAUAAUAAUACAUUCUUGCCCCCCUUUCUAAUAUUUUAUUUUCUGUUCUUCCAUUUUACAAUAUUCAACAAUAAAUAUAAAUCCACACAAAUCCAAUGAUAUUUUCUGCAACUUCCCUAUCUCCCUUUCUUGCGGUUUCUUAUUUUUCUAUCAAAUUCUUACUACAUAUCUUAAUUUAUCCUUUUUGCCAUUUUAUCCUUUUUAAUUCCCUUAGAUUUCUUACUGCUCAUGCUUAUAUCAGUCCUAACGUUUUUAAUUGUUUGCAAUUUAUUUUCAUAUAUUCAAUAAAUUUCCCCCAUUCUAUUAUAAAUCUUGAUCUCUUAAUCUUCUGGUAAGUUUUGCCAUCUCUGCAUAUUCCAUCAGGCCAUUGGUUAUACUGGCAGACCCUGAUGGGUGUUGGAGUUUGGAGGGUCACAUGUUCCCCACAAUUGCCCUAUUUAGAGAUUGCUGCUGCUGCGACUGUUCCCUGGUGCAAUAAAUGUACACAUAAACACACGUUAAAUAUAUAAUAUAUCAAAUAUUAUCUAUAAGCAACACAGCUACCCACGUGCUUUUCAUUUCUCCCUUGAGUAAGGCCAAACUGCUUUGUCUUCCUUACUCUCUUUGCAUAGUGAGACCAUGCAACCCUCCCCACCCCCACUUCUAAGCCCAAUGUGAUUUUUGGGGUGAGGAAGGACUUUGCUUUGCAUGCUGCUCCGUAUGACCAAUAGCCCUACUAGAUCAGACCAAAGGCCCAUCUAGUCCGGCGUCCUGUUCUCGCACUGACCAACCAAGUGCUUGCUGGAAACCCACAGCCAGCACAAAGCAAAAGGGGUGCUUGGCCACAAUUCGUGGCCUUUGGUUAGGGGCCCAAUUGAUGGGCAUGCUGGGAAAGAAAUUGGGACAGUCAAGGCGGCUGAAGGAAACCUCCAGGGAGCAAAAAACGACCAAAGUUAGCCUCAAUGAGGCAGAAGGCUGAUGACCAGCUUCUUCCUGCUUGCUUUUCAGGAGCUGUAACUGCCCUUCCGAGUUAGGUCUUAUUCCAGACUCAGCAGGCAUUGCUGAAGGCACGGCCCCUUGUCUGCCUUAUGUAGUUGACUCUGGAUCUAUAGGCAAACUUCAGGGUGGCAGGAUCUACUUAGUGCAUUUUAAUUUACUCAAAUCCUGAGGUCCACCAGCCAGUGCCUGAUGCAGAAAAGAGUAGCUCGGGGCACAGACAUAUGCAGGUGGUGUUAGAGGGUGGCCUCUUGUGCUGGGCCCUAGAUCGCUGACCCUUCCCUCCCUGAUUCUUUUUCAUUGAAAUUUUGCUUGCAGGGAGGCUGGGCUCAUUGCAAAGCACAGUACAACCCACCAGCUUAAUUUGCCCAAAGGCCACCUUUACAGGGAGAUGGGGCGGCAUUUGCCUGGUUUCCUGGCGCCCUUGUUGCUGCAGGUUACUGGAAGCAGAAACAGUGAGGUGAUGGAGCGUUCAAAACUGUGGAGAUGCACCAGGUUGGCUCUGCGGGUGCAUCAGCACAAUGCUUACCUGCCAAGCGCUUCAUGCUUCUCCCUCUCUGUAAACUAUAGUGAUGCUUGUGCCAGGAGGCCAGAUAAGCGCAUACACACAAUGGAUCUGUACAUGUAAAGUAGCAUAUCCAAACACUAUGCCCAUUUCCACUGCAGGCCUGCACCCCAACUCCUUUUAAAUACCUAGCAACAACCCUGCAUCCACUUAGAAUUAAGGAUCUGGGGGCUCCUGGGUGCAUUUAAUUAAGAGGGGAAAAAUUCACUCGAUUAUGUUAACAAGAAAGGCAACCACAGAGAACCACCAACGCAGUAUGCCUCCAUCUGGAAUUCCUAAUUGGUGCUUAUAAAUAUUAAGGAUAGAUUGUAACUUAUAAUUAUUUGUAUAUUGUUGAAUGGUUAUUGUUGUUGGCUUAUUGAGAUGGUUUAAAAGAAAAGAAAAAUAAAGAAGGGGGGAAUUCACUCCUGGUUUUUCCCUAAGCUCUCUACAUCUGCCUACUUUUUUGAGCAGGGGAGGAAUAUAACAGAGCUAGUGCAAUAUAGUGCUUGCAGUGCUACAGUAGAACCUGGGAAACAAGGGUUCAAAUCCUCGCCAACCCAAGAUGCUUCUCAUCCUAUCCUACCUUGCCAGGUUGUUGUGGGAAAUAAAUGAGCGGGGAGAACCAUGUCCGGCACUUUGAACUCCUUGGAUAAAAAGGUGGGAUCUAAGUGCAAUAAAGAAGAAGAAAAGUUUUUAGCUAUUGCUAUAGUUAAAUAAUUGGAAAUCCAUAUCCCUUGUGAAUCUGCUGGUAAUUGUACUUAGAAAUCUACCUGCAGUUCUUGAUCUUCAUUCCGCCUAUAUCAAGGAUAGCCAGGAAGGUGCGUGUCCUGUUGACUCGUCCUAUUGCUGUCUGAUUCAUUCUUUAGGUCAUAACGCAGAUGACAUCGCUGAGACGGUGCUGAUGAACUUCCUGCGGGGGGACGUUGGGCGCCUCCGGCGCUGUGCGGACAUACUGACAGGAAGCGAGGGGCAGCUGCCGCGCUGCAAGCCGCUGAAGCACGCCUACGAGAAGGAGAUUGUGCUGUACGCUUACUUCCAAGGCUUGGACUACUUCAGCACCGAGUGUGUGUACUCCCCCAACGCCUACCGCGGGCACACCCGCGCCCUGCUCAAAGACCUCGAAGCCACGCGGCCCAGCACGGUGGCUGACCUGGUGCACUCGGGCGAGCGGCUGGCGGUGCGCGAGGAUGUCCGCAUGCCCACCCAGGGCACCUGCCAGCGGUGCGGCUACCUCUCCAGCCAGCCCCUCUGCAAAGCUUGCUUGCUGCUGGAAGGGCUCAAUCGUGGCCUCCCUCGGCUGGGCAUCGGCAAGCCCAGCCGGCUGCAGAAAGCUUUGCUGGGCAGUGAGAAGCCAGAGACCAGCUUACAGGAAGAAGAAGGCCCUCGGCAGGCAAAGCGAGGCCCGAGGGCCAUAGACUUCUGAGCCUGUCCCUACCCAUGGUUCCCAUCAUCCCUGACAGUUAGCCAUUCUGGCUGCAGCAGUUGUCUCAACAACCACUGGAGGGUUUUAUUUAAAAUCAAAUUAUAUUCAAUAUCAGGGGAAUUCAACUCCCAAGAGACUGCGAUCUGCUCACAGAAUAAAAAACUGGCAGUGAUCUACCCCAUUUUUUGUGGUUGUUGAGCUUUUUUUAGGGAGGAAAAUGUCAAAAUUAAGUAAAGGGGAAAAGUCGCUCACCAAAAGAUCGCUGAGAAAACAAUCUGUCAAGAAGCGAAAACUCCGUCUUCCAUUCCAACAAUCAUGCAAAAAUGGAGGACGGGGUGAAGAGGAAGGGUCAGAUGCUCUGAUGCCAAUGAAAAGGAGCCCAUGACCGACAGCAAUCUACUGGUCUAAGAGCAGGGGUGACAUUAUUAUUAUUAUUAUUAUUAUUAUUAUUAUUAUUAUAUUUUUGGCUGAAAGCCAGGGUAUAAACAAAUAAACAAAAUUUACAAAAAAAAA